AUGUUUUCUCCCUGGCCAGUUUUGGAUACAAUUUUGGGUAUUGGAUAUGUUAAUGAUCAAUUGGAGGAAGAAGAUAGAGAAUUAGCUUCUGCUUCUAUUCGUUUACUACUUCUUUGGCUAUUUUUAUUUAUUUUUAUUGUUUGCUUUCUUUUGUGGAUUGAAUUAAUUGUUAUACAGACAUUUAAAUAUUUAACUAAAAUUUCUGUUCAAAUUGCUGAUAUUGAAGUUUAUCGUUCUGUCUAUUUUAUUGAUAACAAUUCUGAAAGUAAAAAUUCAAAAAAGAAAAAUUCUGAUUGGUCUUCUCUUUGGCUUUAA